AGUAGCUCGAGGGAUGGGUGCGCGAGACAGCGCGUGAACGUGUGUGCGUGAGAGCGAGCGGGAGAGAGAUAGAUGAAAGUGACGCGAAGGAAUGAGUAGCUCGAGGGAUGAACGCGUGAACGGGCGACUGAGUGCGUGAGACACGGUUCCAGUUCCGCUGACAGCGGUACCAAGUGCAGGUUCGACGUCUCGUGCUCAGCGUCCCGAGCCGAGCGCAGCGCGCGACAGGCGAACAGAGGAUACAUGAGUUUAAAGGCUUCUUGAUCACAAAGUUGGGGCAACUGUCAGUCUCAAGGUUCAGGAUGAAGACGUAUUCUCCACUUCUCCUUCUGGCUCUGGCUGCACUUUUUACCGUGCCAGCCCAGGGUCAAGUUUCACCUCCACGAAGGUUACGUUUUAAAGUACCGAGUUUGGGAAAAUUGCUUGUAUCGUGGAAAGAGCCAAGAGGAGAUUUUGACAGCUAUGUAAUUAUUUAUAACACAGAACCAGAUGGCAAGGAAAAGGAGUUGCACAUGUCCAAGGCGGAGAGCAAAGCAGUAAUAGAGCAUUUCAAUCCCAGCAUGAAAUACAGAGUAAAAGUCAUUGCAGUGAGUGGUAGCCAGCGCAGUAAACCCCUGGAAGGCUAUUAUGCAGUGCAGCACCGAGAGCCGGGUAGCGAAGCCGUCGCACCGCAGGGAAUGAAGGACACGAGUGUGGUUGAGGAGAGCAACGAGAUAUCUGGAGCUGAGCAGUUUGAGUGUAAAACUCCAGCCAUCGCAGACAUUGUCAUCCUCGUCGAUGGCUCGUGGAGCAUCGGCAGGAUAAACUUCCGCUUGGUCCGCACUUUCCUGGAGAAUUUGGUGAGCGCCUUCAACGUGGGAUUCGACAAGACACGGAUAGGACUGACCCAGUAUAGCGGUGACCCCAGGACUGAGUGGCACCUCAAUGCUUACACCACCAAAGAUGCUGUGAUUGAUGCAGUGAAGAACUUGCCUUACAAGGGAGGAAACACACUGACAGGUCUCGCUCUGAACAACAUCCUGGAGUACAGCUUCAAGCCCGAGUCUGGAGCCAGGCCGGGUGUUCCCAAAAUUGCCAUCCUGAUCACCGACGGCAAGUCACAGGAUGAUGUCAUCCCUCCCGCACAGAGUCUACGGGAGGCCGGCAUUGAGGUUUUCUCUAUUGGUGUGAAGAACGCUGACGAAAACGAACUGAAGGCCAUCGCCUCGCCGCCCGAGGACACGCAUGUCUACAACGUUGCCGACUUCAGUGCCAUGGGCACCAUCAUAGACAGCCUCACGAGGGCACUGUGCGAGCGAGUCGAGCAGCAAGACAUGGAGAUCAAAGGAGACUCAGGUGGUCAGACAAUGGUUGCAUCCCCUCAGGACCUGGUAACAUCCGAGGUGACUGCCAGGAGUUUUCGCGUGUCCUGGACUCAUCCGCCCGGGACAGUGGAGAAGUACCGUGUUGUUUACUACCCGACCAGAGGGGGCCAGCCAGAUGAGGUAGUGGUGGAUGGCAGUGAGAAUUCGGUGGUGCUGAGCUACCUGAACUCGCUGACGGAGUACCAGAUCGCUGUGUUUGCUGUGUACACGUCGUCAGCCAGCGAAGCCCUCAGGGGGAGGGAGACCACCCUGGCCCUACCCAUGGUGAACAACCUGGAGCUGUACGACGUGACCCACAACAGCAUGCGGGCAAGCUGGAACGGAGUGGAAGGUGCGUCCGGGUACAUGAUCCUGUACGCCCCCCUGAGUGACGACGGCUCUGCCGAUGAAAAGGAGGUGAAGGUUGAGGGGUCUGUGAAUGAGAUUGAGUUGGAGGGACUCAGCCCUGCCACAGAGUACACCGUGACUGUGUAUGCCAUGUAUGGGGAGGAGGCCAGCGAUCCCAUGACCAGUCAGAAAACCACAGAGCCCCUUCUUCCACCGAGGAACCUUCGGUUCUUAGAUGUCGACCACAGCUCCGCCAGGCUGACCUGGGAGGCCGCAUCCAGAAAGGUCAAGGGUUACCGCAUAAUGUACGUGAAGACCAACGGGAUUCAACCCAAAGAGGUGGAGGUGGGUCCGGUCACUACCCUACAGCUGCGGAACCUGACAUCCCAGACGGAGUACACGGUGGCCAUCUUUGCCCUCUAUGACGACGGUCAAGCUGAGCCCCACACAGGCAGCUUCACUACCAAGCUGGUUCCAGAACCCCUGGACCUCAGAAUCAGCGAUGUGUCAACAGACAGCUUCCGGGUUAGCUGGACACACGCUGCCUCGGACAUUGUGCUGUACAGGCUGUCCUGGACACCUGUCAAAGGAGGGGAGUCGAAAGAGAUGCUUUUGAAUGGCAACGUGGACACCAUCCUGCUGAGUGACCUUCGGCCGCUGACAGAGUACGAGGUGUCCCUGGCUGCCAUCUACAGUGACGAGAAAGAGAGUGAUGCAGUGGCCACCUUUGAGUCGACAAUGGAAAGGACAACAACCAUUGCAACCACAACAGCAGUGGUGCGCCAGGCUGUGAAGAACCUGCUCAUUGGUGAGGAAACCACCUUCAGCCUCCAGGUGUCCUGGCAACUCCAAGACCCCAAUGUGCGACAGUACCGCAUUUCCUACGUCACUGCCAGAGGUGACCGUGCCGAGGAGUCGGUCAUAGUUCCUGGUUGGCAGAACAACCUGCUGCUGCAACCCCUACUGUCCGACACCGAGUACAAGGUCACCGUCACCCCUGUGUACGCCAGCGGGGAGGGGCCGAGCAUGUCCCGCGUGAGCCGCACCUUGCCUCUCAUAGCGCCCAAGAAUCUGAGAGUAUCGGAUGAAUGGUACAACCGUUUCCGCAUCACAUGGGACACGCCCCCCUCGCCGACCAUGGGCUACAGGAUCGUGUACCAGCCGGUCUCAGCUCCAGGUCCUGCCCUGGAGACCUUUGUGGGGGAUGAUGUCAACUCUAUGUUGAUCCUGAACUUGCUGAGUGGGACCGAGUACAGCGUCAAGGUCAUCUCGUCCUACACCACCGGCUCCAGCGAGGCACUUGUCGGCAAAGCGAAGACGCUGUAUCUGGGCGUGUCGAACCUCGGCAGCUACCAGGUGCGCAUGAAAAGCAUGUGUGCUCAGUGGCAGGCCCAUCGCCACGCCAACCUCUACCGGGUCGUCAUCGAAUCCCUGCUCAAUGGACACAAACAGGAAGUGACCCUUGGGGGUGGGGCUUCCCAGCACUGCUUCUACAACCUCUCCCCCAACACCCAGUACAAGAUCAGCGUCUAUGCCCAGCUGCAGGACCUCGAGGGCCCCGCUGUCACCGUCAUAGACAAAACACUUCCUGUUCCGACAGAGCCCCCGACACUGCCACCAACAACCACAACUCAAUCCACCAUCCCCUCUGCGAAAGAAGUGUGCAAAGCAGCCAAGGCCGACCUGGUCUUCUUGGUGGAUGGGUCCUGGAGUAUCGGGGACGACAACUUCCAGAAAAUCAUCCGCUUCCUCCACAGCACCACCGGAGCUCUGGACCAGAUUGGCCCAGACGGCACUCAGGUGGCCAUCGCUCAGUUUAGUGAUGAUGCCCGGACAGAGUUUAAGCUCAACUCCUACAAAGAAAAGGAGACGCUGCUGGCUGCCAUUCAGAGCAUCUCAUACAAAGGAGGAAACACCAAGACAGGUCGGGCUAUAAAGCAUGUGAAGGAGUCAAUUUUCACAGUGGAAGGGGGCACGAGGAGAGGGAUCCCAAAAGUUCUGGUGGUGCUCACAGACGGCCGGUCCCAGGAUGACGUCAACAUGAUCUCCAAAGAGAUGCAGAUGGAGGGCUAUAUCAUCUUCGCCAUUGGCUUUGCUGACGCGGACUAUGGGGAACUGGUGAGCAUCGCCAGCAAGCCCAGUGAGAGGCAUGUGUUCUUUGUGGAUGACCUGGAUGCCUUCAAGAAGAUCGAGGAGAAGCUGGUGACCUUUGUCUGCGAGGCAGCUACCGCCACUUGUCCAUCAGUCCUGAUGAAGGGGAGCACCUUAGCAGGCUUCAGGAUGAUGGACCUGUUUGGGCUGACGGAGGAGCAGUACGGAAGCAUGGAUGGGGUGUCCAUGGAGCCCGGGACGUUCAACAGCUUCGCCAGCUACGGCCUGCACAAGGACGCCCUCGUCUCUCAGCCCACCAAGUAUCUCCACCCAGAAGGCUUGCCGUCUGAUUACACCAUCACUGUGCUGUUCCGUCUGCUGCCAGACACACCGCAGGAGCCCUUUGCAUUGUGGGAGAUUCUCAACAAAGACAAUGAACCUCUGGUUGGCCUCAUCCUGGAUAACGGAGGGAAAACCCUGACGUUCUUCAACUACGACUACAAAGGAGACUUUCAGACAGUAACUUUUGAGGGACCAGAUAUCAGGAAGAUCUUUCAUGGCAGCUUCCACAAGCUGCACGUGGCCAUCAGCAAGAUCACAGCCAAGGCGUUUGUGGAUUGCAAGCAAGUAGGCGAGAAGCCCAUCAGCGCGGCAGGCAACGUCAGUGCGGAUGGGCAGGAGGUCCUGGGCAGGAUGGUCCGCUCGCGGGGCACCAGGGACAACUCUGCUCCUUUCCAGCUCCAGAUGUUCGACAUUGUGUGCAGCAACUCAUGGCCCAGCCGAGAUAAGUGCUGUGAACUCCCGGGCCUGAGGGUGGAGGAGGACUGCCCCGCUUUACCUCAUGCCUGUACCUGCUCCCAGGACAGUAAAGGGCCACCCGGACCCCCGGGAUCCCCGGGCGGACCAGGCAUCCGAGGUGCGAGAGGAGAGCGAGGAGAACCAGGUCCGGUGGGUCCCCAAGGUUCAUUAGGUGAUCCUGGGCCACCGGGUCCUCAAGGCCUCCCCGGACCCCAAGGCCCAAGUGGGCUGUCCAUCCAGGGACCAAAGGGCCCACCUGGAGAGAAAGGUGUCAAGGGUGAUGUGGGCCCUCAGGGGACUCAGGGUGUACCCGGUGCUUCUGGCUCACCAGGACGUGACGGUCCAGCAGGACAAAGGGGACUGCCAGGCAAAGAUGGUCCAGCUGGGCGGCCAGGCCCCACCGGAACCAUUGGCCCGCCUGGAGCUCCUGGACUGCCUGGUCCAAGCGGGCCACCCGGAGCACUCGGUGACCAAGGACCACCUGGUCCCCCCGGUGCCAGAGGUGAAAAGGGUGAAAGAGGUGACGUGCAGUCUCAAGCAGCUGUGCAGGCCAUUGCUCGGCAGGUGUGCGAACAGCUCAUUCAGAGUCACAUGGCUCGCUACAGCUCCAUUCUCAACCACAUUCCCAGCCAGCCAGUGUCCGUGCGCACUGUCCCAGGGUCCCCUGGAGAGCCAGGUCGACCGGGCCCCCGAGGAUCCCAAGGAGAGCAGGGUCCUCCUGGCAGACCAGGCUUCCCUGGGAGCAACGGGGAGAACGGGCGGCCAGGGGAGAGAGGUUUGCCCGGAGAGAAGGGCGAGAAGGGAAGCCAAGGGGUCGGGAUUCAGGGGCCGAGAGGACCUCAGGGACCCCCAGGACCGCCUGGAGAAGGUCGACCUGGCAGCCAGGGAUCAGCCGGAAGGCCGGGCAACCCAGGGACACCUGGACGACCCGGCAUCCCUGGCCCCACCGGUCCUGCUGGACCACCUGGCUACUGUGACCAGAACUCAUGCCUGGGCUACAAUGGUGGAGUACCACUGCCCCCCGAGUCCUACCAGACAUACGGCAACGAAGAGGAGGAGGACGACCCGUACGAGGGAUACAGGGGCUAUUCUCACCAGUACUACCAGCCCAACUACCCCAUCCCUCGCCCCGUUGGGCCCCAACCUUUGCCCACGGACGACGCCAUUGAGGUGAGGUCACCCGGCGUCAACCGCUUCGCCAGGAGCCUCUCGAGGAGGAAGAGAAACCCUGGCGCCGUGAGGCAGAGGAAAAGUUUGGACAGCAAAGCCGGGAUGGGAGAGACCCCCAACUGAAGUACUGAUGAACCCACACGGGGCUGGGAAUCGCAGCGCGACCGAGAAAACGAUUUCUGUAAACUCUCCCAUGGUCUUGCCUGGGAGGACAGGAAAGUGCCGGAAUUGCUUUCAGUGGGAAAAUUUGGGAGGGUGUGGGAAGGAGCUGCUUGUGGUUGAGUACAGAAGACAAUAUCUACGAGACAUCGUGCGUAAUUCCUUUCUCGAGGUGCAUGACAUGACGGAAGCAGCGUGAACUCCGAAUGUGUAAACGGGUGAUGUCUUGUUCCUCGACGUGUAGUUAUCUUUUGUAAGUGACCAGCAAGGAGCAUUUGUACAGUUUGUGUAAUUUUAUUUAAAAAAAAAAAAAAAAAAAAGAAUCCCUCAGUGCUUGGCUGCUGCCAUGGCAACUUGUUUUUCAUUUCCUGAGGUUUUAUUUUUGAGAUAUUCUUAAUUGGGAUAUUUUUUUCAAUUCAACAAAAAUGACACAUUACAGCUCAAGCAUACCUGCAUUUAAAAAGAAGAGCAUCCAAAUAAGCGUAAUAUCAAAUUCAUGACUAAUAAGAACAUUAUAGCAUGUAUUUUGUUAUAAUCGAUAUUUUAUAUGAUGAGUAAUAUGCACAGUAGAGAAGAAACAGUACUAGGUCUAUAGGGCUUCUUGAGAGGAAAAAGAACUGAAGCAAACAAUGGGCGUAACGGCGAAAUUAGUUUUGAGGUCGCCAGUUGAACACACGUUGCGUGUUAUAUACUGAGACCUGUGAUGUAGAAGAAUUAAUGUUGCAGAACUGAC